AGCUCCGCCUACUCCUAUAAAUAACAGCUUCGCCUACGGGGUAGUUCUUCCCUUUCAAUAAUCGCGGAGUGGUUUGUCUGGUUGCUUCAGCGGAGCUUCACUGUCGAGAACCAUGGCCGAACUGCAGGAGCGUACCUUCAUCGCCAUCAAACCUGACGGUGUGCAGCGCGGCAUCAUCGGCGAGAUCAUCAAGAGGUUUGAGAUGAAGGGCUUCAAACUUGUUGGCAUGAAGAUGCUUCAGGCCUCUGAGGACCUUCUGAUGCAGCACUACAUUGACCUUAAGGACAGACCCUUCUUUCCUUCCCUCGUCAACUACAUGAGCUCUGGACCAGUGGUUGCCAUGGUGUGGGAAGGAAAGGGAGUGGUGAAGACUGGCAGAGUCAUGCUGGGUGAGACCAACCCUGCUGACUCCAAACCUGGAACCAUCAGAGGAGACUUCUGCAUCGACGUCAGCAAGAACAUUAUCCAUGGCAGUGAUUCAGUGGACAGUGCCAAAACUGAGAUUUCCCUGUGGUUCAAACCAGAAGAGCUGGUCAACUACGCAAGCUGUGCCUUCAGUUGGCUCUACUGAGCUGUUCAGGAUCCCUCUGCUCAGACCCCUGACACUUUGCCUCAGUCUUCUUGUCUUCGCCUGUAGCUUAGAUGAGGAACACAACCAACAUUCUCCCCACCCAUCUACUCAUCAUGCUGUCCUUGGAUGUGGUCAUGAGUUGGACCCUGUCAUUCCUGAUUUCAUUCCUGGAAAAAAAACAUUCCAUCAAGUCCUGAAUAUCUGUAACUGUGACUAUGACGGUUUUGUUAAAGGUUGAUCCGCUUUGCAAUAAAUGCACAUGAUCCCAA